CGCCGUUGCUUUAGGUCCCCUCCCGGCUGCCGUCGCCCUUCGCCUUGGGUGUUUUAAUCUCCCCAUUCAGCUUUCUUUCCUCCCUCCCGAGGCUCCGAGACCCCACGUAGUGCGGUCCGAAAAGGAGGACACGGCCCCCGUGCCUCCCUCGCCCGUUUCCCGACCUCCCCGGGCCAGCCUCAUAUCGUCCGGGCAGCUCCCGCAGGGUGGUCGGUAGCUUUCCAUCACCAUGAGCCUCUUCAACCUGGACCGGUUCCGCUUUGAGAAGAGGAAUAAGAUUCAGGAACAGCCCGAGCCAGCCCCCCAGCCGCCUCCUCCUCCUCCUCCUCCUCCUCCUCCACCACCUCCUCAGGUCGAGCUUCCUUCCCCCGUUUCCACCAUUAUUGAAGAUGACGAUCUCGAAGGGGGAAAAAGCAGGCCAGGAACACCAGAUUCAGAUAUAACAGAAAAAACAGAGGAUUCCAGUGUACCAGAAACUCCAGAGCCUGAAAGAAAAUCAGGUGUGUCAUAUUUCAGGAAUCAAAAAGGAAUACAGUUUAUUGAUUUAUCUUCUGACAGUGAAGAUUUUGGCUCCCCAAAUUGUUCCAAUAGAAAUCAAGACGAAAAGUCUGAAAGAGAGCCAGUGAUUAUAGUUUCUGAGCAAUCUGAAGAUGAGCAGACUGAAGAGGAUCAUGAUGUGACAGAAAGAAAUGACGAUGUCUCGGAGUUGGAAGACCUUAAAGAUGCAAAGCUUCAGACUUUGAAGGAGCUGUUUCCCCAAGGCAGUGACAGUGAUUUAAUUAAGUUGAUUGAAUCAACAAGUACAAUGGAUGGAGCAAUAGCUGCUGCCUUGCUGAUGUUUGGUGAAGGUAUACCUCGGAAAAGAAAAUUAGAUUCAUCUUCCUCAUACACCUCUGAAGAUGAUGAGGAUGAUGAUGAUGAUCAAACUGUAAAAAGGAAACGGUUCAAUCCUCUUGAAGAGUCAAAGGAUUUUGAAGAAUCAGAAGAUAAAUGGGAAAAGCAGGAAGCAAUUGUAGCAAAGCUGCAGACUGAGUUUCCCAGUUUGGCAAAAGAGGAACUAAGAGAAGUGCUUAAGGAACACGAAUGGAUGUAUAAUGAAGCUUUGGAAUCUUUAAGAGUAUUUGCUGAAGAUCAACAAGGUAAAAAAUCUCCGCUGUAUACCAUCAUGAAGCAUACAGAUUUCACAACUACAGAUAAGGUUGCAAUGGAUGUUCAGUAUCCUUCAAAAAGUGAAGUUUCAAAUGGAAAAGCUGUCUCAAGAAAGAGUCAAAAUCACCUUAAAAAUACUUCUAAAACAAAGAUGAAACAGAAAUGUGCUGUUAAAGCACAGAAUGGUUUUAACAAGAAAGGCAAAAAAACUUUUUUCAAUCCUAAGAAGGAAAUACAGGACUCUGAAUAUGAUUCAGGCUCUGAUGUCGGGAGCUCUUUGGAUGAGGACUAUAGCAGUGGUGAGGAGGUGAUGGAGGAUGGCUACAAAGGUAAAAUACUUCACUUCCUGCAAGGGGCUUCAAUUGGUGAACUCACUUUGAUUCCCCAGUGUUCUCAGAAAAAGGCUCAGAAGAUAACAGAGCUCCGGCCCUUUAACAGUUGGGAAGCUCUGUUCACAAAAAUGUGCAAAACAAAUGGGUUGUCAGAAGAUUUAAUAUGGCACUGUAAAACAUUGAUUCAAGAAAGAGAUGUAGUUAUAAGACUUAUGAACAAAUGCGAAGACAUUUCAAAUAAAUUGACAAAGCAGGUGACCAGGCUUACUGAAGGUGGAGGUGGAUGGAAUAUAGAUCAACCUUCCAUUCUAAACCAAAGUUUGUCUCUCAAGCCAUAUCAGAAGAUUGGUUUGAAUUGGCUAGCGCUGCUACAUAAACAUGGACUAAAUGGUAUUUUGGCUGAUGAAAUGGGAUUAGGGAAAACAAUUCAAGCCAUUUCCUUCCUGGCAUACCUCUACCAAGAAGGUAACAGAGGUCCUCAUUUAAUUGUUGUGCCAGCUUCAACUUUAGACAACUGGAUAAGAGAAGUUAAUUUAUGGUGCUCUAACCUAGAUGUUCUCUUUUAUUAUGGUUCUCAAGAAGAUCGCAAACAGCUUAGAUGUGAUAUUCAUAAUAAAGUUGUAGACUUCAAUGUGAUUGUGACUACGUACAAUUGUGCAAUUAGCAGUUCAGAUGACCGCAAUCUAUUUCGACGGCUGAAACUUAACUAUGCAAUCUUCGAUGAGGGCCACAUGUUGAAGAAUAUGGGCUCUGUGCGCUACCAGCACCUCAUGACCAUUAACGCAAAGAAUCGUCUGCUACUUACAGGCACUCCUGUUCAGAAUAAUCUAUUGGAACUCAUGUCUUUGUUGAAUUUUGUCAUGCCUCAUAUGUUCAGUAGUAGCACCAGUGAAAUCAGAAGAAUGUUCUCUUCCAAAGCAAAGUCUGCUGAAGAACAAAGUAUAUAUGAAAAGGAGAGAAUAGCACACGCUAAGCAAAUUAUAAAGCCAUUUAUUCUGAGAAGAGUAAAAGAAGAGGUCCUUAAGCAGCUACCUCCCAAAAAAGAUUGUGUUGAACUAUGUGCAAUGUCAGAAAAGCAGGAACAACUCUACUUCAGCCUUUUUAACAAAAUGAAGAAAUCCAUCAAUGGCAUGGAGAAAAGCUCAGAAAUGGGCAAUGUGAUGAUGCAACUAAGAAAAAUGGCCAAUCACCCUUUAUUACAUCGUCAAUAUUACACAGCUGAAAAACUCAGAAUAAUGUCACAGCUGAUGCUAAAGGAACCUACACAUUGUGAAGCUAAUCCUGACCUGAUUUUUGAAGAUAUGGAAGUUAUGACGGACUUUGAACUACAUUUACUUUGUAAACAGUAUGCACAUAUCAAUGACUUUACGUUAGACAUGGAUCUCAUUUUGGACUCCGGAAAAUUCAAGAAACUAGAAUGCAUUUUGUCUGAAUUAAAACAAAAGGGUGACAGGGUUGUAUUAUUUAGCCAAUUUACAAUGAUGCUGGACAUCUUAGAGGUUCUUCUAAAACACCAUCAGCAUAGAUAUCUUAGAUUGGAUGGAAAGACUCAAAUUUCUGAAAGGAUUCACCUAAUUGACCAGUUCAAUACAGACAUGGACAUCUUUAUAUUUCUGCUAUCAACAAAAGCUGGCGGACUUGGGAUAAAUCUGACCUCUGCAAAUGUUGUUAUACUUCACGAUAUUGACUGUAAUCCAUACAAUGACAAACAAGCUGAAGACCGAUGCCAUAGAGUAGGUCAGACUAAAGAAGUACAAGUCAUAAAGUUAAUAAGUCAAGGGACAAUAGAAGAGUCCAUGCUCAAAAUCAACCAACAGAAAUUGAAACUAGAACAAGAUAUGACCACGGCAGAUGAAGGCGAUGAAGGAAAUGUACCUGCAGAUAUAGCUACAUUACUAAAGACUUCAUUAGGGCUUUAAAAGGAGGAUUUCUAAUUGAGGAGAAAAUACCAACUUGGUGCACACAAGGACAUUUACAUUACUGAAGACCAUGGGAUUUAUGAACAUUUGUAACUUUUUAUAAUAUCCAUAUUGUAUUUCUCAUGGUAUGAAAGAUUUUUGCCACCAAAUGAAUUCUCCAAAUGCUCAAACCUGAAAUAUAUAAUUGCCACAGAAACGUAGUCCUUAAGAUGUUGAAUAAUCAUAUUUUACAAAGCAGUUUUCCAAAUGGGGAUUAGUUGGUGAUUGUUUGUAACAGAUCUGCUAAUGCUUUAGAUAUGUCAGUAUUUUUGUAAUUAUUUCUACCUCCAAAUAUAUAUAAUACUGUCUUUCACUGGAUAAUGUGUGUAGAUUUUUACAUGUGCCUUAUUUGACAAUGCUUAUGUUUUUGUUUUGCCUGUCUUAACUCAUUUGAAGUACUGUUUUUAUAUUAACUUAGUCAAAUAAAACUGUAUAGAUUAUGUAGCUUUAGUUUUAUUACUAUUUGAAGCAGAUGCUCACCAUUGUCAUCGAGAACUCUGACCAGAAUUUCAAGGUGGUGAUCUCUUACCAACAUCCCCCUCCACCUCCCCUUGUUUGCCUAGGGACUGUUUUGUUUCCUAUGAAUAGUAAUUGGAUUUUUUCCUAGGUGGAUGGAUUGUCACUAUGGAUUGCUUAAUUUUUGUUCUUCUCCUUAGCCUUGCACUAGUUAUGCACAUCCCUCUGGCUAGCCAUGUGCAUGCCUCCUUUGAUUUGCUUUUCUUGGCAGUUGCCACCCUGAUGCUCUUGUUUUGACUUUCUUUUGCUGUCCAGAUCAUUAUUUAUUCCUGCCACAUCUCCAUGCAUCAACAGAGCGUUGAUGGAAUUCUUCUAGGCUGGCAGAACAAAUUCACUUUUGCUUCAUAGCAAAUUGAAUGUGAAUAUAGAUUGAGGCAGCAUUAGGUACUAUACAGGAAUUCAGUAUAAAUCCUGAGUGGAGGCAUUGUGAUGAAUACAUCAUUAACUCCUUGACACUAUCAAGAUUUAAUUCACCAGUUUCCAGGAUAGUAACUCCUGAAGAGUUAGAACUCCAAUUCAGUGUGGGUGACACAGCAAAGAAUUGGAAGAACUAAAGUUGGCUUUUGGAUACCAUCUCUCUAUGAAGUCUUUAUAACAUUUUGCCUAUUGUCAGUCAAAAUUGCUGUUUUUAUUGUACAUCUAUUUCUUUGUGUAACUUGUGAGCUUCAUGUGUUUUUGUUUCUAUUCUGUAAAUAUUAUUAUAAAUAAACUCUUAUUUAUAAAUGGAAAGUGUUAAAACCUAUAGGAUGUUAAUAUUUUGCAAGGGAUUGUACAUUUACAAAUGAAAACAAAGAUACGAAGUAAUAA